AUGGAGGAAAGCACCAAAACCAACAGAGGACUGCACCCAGAUACAGUGCCGUCUCCACCGCAGGACUGCGAGUUUCGCAGCGUCGUGGCGCCGACAACGGUGCGGCCCACCCAAUGGACUCAAAUAGCACCGGCUCACAUCAUCAAGGACGCCUUCAGGCUGCACACGCUGCUGGCCAUCGGCGCCGGCCUGCAGCUUGCCGUGUCUGCGGCUGUCCCGAUGCCCUACUGCGUGAUCCCGGCCGCUGCUCUGCUCGUCCUCGCCGCGGCCGCCACGCUCGUCCAGAUUCUGCUGCCGACGUGGCACGGCAUGCGCGCGGGCGUCCUCCCCGGACGCACCACGGCCCACAUGCCCACGGCCCACGGCCGCUACGCACCAACAGCGCCACCCCAGGGCGUCGUCGUCUUCCACUUUGGCGCCCGCUUCAACCACCCGCUCGGCGUGUUGGCGCCCGGCGCGCAGGCCAUGACGCGCCAUUUUCGGGCGACGCUCGCGGCCCUCGAACGCGAGCGGACCGCCUAUGGGCUGCUGGGCGGCGACCUGUUCCGGGGCGGCGCGGCGGCGCGCACGUCGCACGACACCCUCUUCUUGGUGCUGUACUUUCGCGACGUCCAGGGCCUGCAGCGGUUCGCGGCGAGUGCGGUGCACCGGGAGGCGCUGGCGUGGCUCACGGGGAGGACGACGACGGUGACGGCGAAGGUGGCGGGUGACGGCAGCAGAGGCAGCAGAGGCAGCAGCAGCGGCCGCUAUGCCCACCUGAGCGCCUUUCACGAGACAUUUGUGGUGCCGCCCGGCCACUACGAGUCGCUCUACAUAAACACGGCGCCCAUUCUGCUGGGCAACACGCACACGGAGAAGGCGGGAGAGGCGGGAGAGGCGGGAGACGGCGAGGACAGCCAAGGGGCAGACAAGGUCUGGCUCAGCUCGCUGGUCGACGCCGACGACGAGAGGCUGCGCAGUAUGACGGCCCGGUUGAAACGGAGUCUGUGA